AUGUUGUCUGUUUUAACAAGAGGAGUUGUUUUGGCCAGUAGGAGGCCGGUUGAUGGAAGCCAGAAGACGUUUGAAGUAGCAGAAGGUGACUCCAUCUUAGAUAUUGCCCAGGCUAAUGGCCUCGAUAUGGAAGGUGCCUGUGGUGGUUCUUGUGCAUGCUCUACUUGUCAUGUUAUUGUGGAUCCUGAGUAUUAUGACAAGAUUCCUGAACCUGACGACGACGAAAAUGACAUGUUGGAUCUUGCAUUCGGUCUUACUGAAACUUCUAGAUUAGGAUGUCAGGUGAGUAUGUCCAAGGACUUGGAUGGAAUAAGAGUGGCAUUGCCAGCCAUGACCAGAAACAUGCAGAAUAAGGACUUUAAGUCGUAA